GCUCUGCAUCAUUCGAUUGUGAGCAAGCGAACCAAGCGAUUCAAGCGAUUCUCAAGCGACAGAGUAAUCUGCAAUGGCGCUUUUAUUACUCGACGAAUUACGUCCCCGUCGUCUUCGGGAUCAACUUUUUGGUCUCGAUUUGUCGCCGGACGAUUUUCUAAUGGACAUUUUCGACCGGCCAUCACUGCAGCGGCGCUACUCUCGUCCUUGGCGAAAUUUGGCUUUAGCGGCUCGAGACGUCGGAUCCACCAUCAAAACUGACAAAGACAAGUUCCAAGUCAACAUGGACGUCCAGCAUUUCGCUCCCGAGGAGAUUUCUGUUAAAACUGCGGACGGCUGCGUGAUAAUUGAAGGAAAUCAUGAAGAGAGGAAGGAUGAACAUGGAUACAUCUCCAGGCAGUUCAAACGGAGAUAUAUUUUGCCUGAGGACUGCAAUCCUGACACUGUGGAGUCCAAACUGUCAUCUGAUGGAGUCCUGACAGUGGUAGCGCCUAGAGCAUCGGAGAAUAAAGGGGAAAGGGCGAUCCCUAUCACCCACACUGGACCGGUAAGGAGGAAGCAUCAAGAUGAACAAGAUGGAGAACAAAAGAAGCUGGAGAACGUGGAGAAUGGAGAAGAGGAGAAAUCGCCGCAGAAAAAGAGACGACGCUAGAUGCUAGGUUAAGUUUUAGGUUAAUUCAUUCCAGUAUUUUGAAGACUGAUUUUUCUAAUAAAUGUUUCGUUUAAGUUAA